AGGGCGUUGCCACUCUCGGAAGCUGUCAGAUUCAGAAGCAGUGCCCCCCCCCGCAAACGGCAAAAACACGGGCUUGUUCAAACAGCAAGACGUAUGACUUUCGUUCAUUUCAAAGCAGAGAUGGUCUUCUAAGUAACAGAGAGUCUUGAUACUCUCCAACCAUCACCUGAUAACUCUGACUCCCUUCCCAUCAACACCAUGGAGAACGCCAACAGCUACGUGCUGAUCCAUGGGAAGAACAUAUCCCACAAUACCCUUGCAGGGGCUGCUGUAGGGCCUCACAUGUCCAUCGACAAGCUUUUCCCAGCCCUCCUUGAGUGCUUUGGCAUCAUAUUGUGUGGCUACAUAGCUGGCAGGGCAGAUAUCAUCACAGAAAGCCAGGGGAAGGGUUUGGGGAACUUUGUUUCUAAGUUUGCUCUUCCAGCUCUGCUCUUUAAAAACAUGGUGUUGUUGGACUUUGGUGACGUCAUCUGGGCGUUUCUCUGGAGUGUUCUGGUCGCUAAGGUGACAGUGUUUGUGCUGGUAUGUGUACUGACUCUGAUGGUGGCCAGUCCAGACAGCAGAUACAGCAAGGCUGGCCUGUAUGCCAUCUUCGCUACACAGAGCAAUGACUUUGCUCUAGGAUACCCUAUAGUUGAUGCUUUGUAUCGGAGCACAUAUCCAGAGUACCUCCAGUACAUCUAUCUAGUUGCUCCGGUCUCCCUCAUGCUCCUCAAUCCCAUCGGCUUUGCUCUUUGUGAGGUCCAGAGGUGGAGGCAGUGCAGUCAUUCACACAGCACUCUUGGCAUCCUGGGAGUUGUAAUCAUACAGGUGUUGAAGAACCCAAUCGUAUUCAUGGUGAUAGUAGGAAUCAUCUCCCACUUCGCCCUGGGCCAGCAGAUCCCUGCUGUGCUGUCAGAGUUCAUAGACGGCUUGGCUAACUCUUUUGGAGGGGCGGCUUUGUUUUACCUCGGCCUCUCUAUGGUCGGCCAGCUAAGGAAACUCACCAGGGACACUGGAGUUGCAUUGAUUCUCCUCAUCACAGCCAAACUCCUUGUGAUGCCACUGGUUUGUAAGGACAUGGUGGACAUUUUGGAUGUAGGAGUAAACAGCACGAGUGCCAACCACACUAGUUUGUCUAAUUUUGCUUUCCUAUAUGGAGUCUUUCCAACUGCACCAAGUGUGGCCAUCUAUGCUGCACACUACAACAUCGAGCUUGAGGUGGUCACAUCAGGAAUGGUAAUCAGUACAUUUCUGUCUGCACCAAUCAUGUAUGUGUCUGCCUGGUUAUUAACAAUCCCUCUAAUGGACCCGACCCCCCUGGUGACAGAACUUGAGAAUGUUAGCUUUAACAUCAGCAUUGUCAGCCUCGUAGCUCUGGUGUGGACCAUAGUGGUGAUGUUGCUCAGCAGGAAAUUUAACAGACUUCCUCACCUCUUUGCCUUAAAUCUUUUCCUGGCUCAGUUUCUGGUGUGUGUCAGUAUGAUCUUGUGGAACUUUUUGGUGAAAGAAGAGGAUAAUCUGAUUGGCAAGAUCCUCACCUUCACUCUGCUCUAUGGCUCUCUGUACAGCACCUACAUUUGGGCAGGUUUAAUCCCUCUCUCUCUGGCUUUGACUAACAGAGAUGAUCUGCUGAGACUCCGGCCAGGAAUAUUCAUGAUUCUGGGUUGGGGGGUUCCCUUCCUGAUGGUUGGUGGUCUUCUGAUAUCAGGAGAGAGAACUGAAACCAUAGACUCUGCCUUCUUCUAUGGCAGAGCUCAGAUAAUCAGCACAGCAGUGGUGCUUGCAGUCAGCCUGGUGCUCGGUGCGAUAUCUCUGAUGGGUCUCAGCCAAGGGGACAGGGAACAGAGUGGCUACCAGGCUCUGAACAGAGCUGCUGUAACAGGCAUUAGUGAUGACCUGAGGCCCCCUGGUGGUCUGGAAGAUCCACAACAACAGCAAGAACAACAACAGACACAGAUGGCAAAUUCUCCUGCCUACAGCAUCAACUCAGACCACCACAAUUUCUCUCCUCUCCAGCCCAUACCUGACAUGAUAGCCAGCACGCAGAGAGAGCACACAAACAGCACAGGCCACAGUGGGGGGCUGUGUGAUGGCCAGCAGCAGGGAUCUUCCUCCUCUGAGCAGCCCUUAAACCUGCCACCACCUGGGCUUCAAACCACUGAUGAUAAACAGACAGUCAGACAUGUUCUGCUCUGUCUGCUGCUCUUUGUCAGCCUGCUAGCGAACCUGUCCAGCUGUCUGUGGUGGCUGUUCAACAAAGAUCCAGGAAGACUUUACCUUGAACUACAGUUCUUCUGUGCUGUGGCAAACUACGGACAGGGUUUUCUGUCCUUUGGGAUCUUUGGUCUGGACAGACACCUCAUCAUCCUGCCAUUCAAGAAGAGGUUGCUCGGGCUGUGGCAGGGCAGAGACAGUGAGGAUUUGAGUCCCUCAGGUGUACCAGAGGAGGUCAGACUCACCUGUACACAGUUCGUCCGCUACCACAAAGACCAGUGUGUUCAAGACAUAGUGCACACACGCAGGUUUAGAGGAGAAGCAGGACUGGAGGAGGAGAAUGGGGCCUUGGGACAUUCCCCCUCCCAUCAGCCCCGGUACCUAUGCCCGCAUCAGGAUCUUCAGGAGCAACUAAAAAACGAGCCACAGAAUCUGCACCAGAGUCACCAAACUCAUGAUCCAGGUCAAUCCUGCGGCCAGGUUUUACUUCCACCCCGACACCUGCUUGAGCGCGAGGAUGAAGCACAAAUUUCCAACCCUGAUGCCCCAGAGGAGCAGAUUCCCCAGCUCCAGCCUAACCAAGCUCAUGUCCCAACUUAUGAUCACCACAGACACCAGCAUGGUCUUGCCUCAAGCUCACCUUAUCUCCAUCGACAUCCCCAGUCCCCUUUUGAAAGUGUAUUUCUGGGCAGUGACCUUGUGGACUGGUUGGUUGCCCGUGGCCUGUGCGCUGGCCGAGCUGAGGCCAGGCUGUACGGCUUUCGACUUCAGCAGGGAGGAGUGUUGGAUCACCGGACGGGUCAGCACAGCUUCAGGGAUGAACCCACCUUGCUGUACCACUUCACACAGGGAGGAGAAAGGGAGAGAGGAGAGGAAUGGUUCCAGAUAAUGUGAGAGGAAGUGAGGAGAUCGGAGGCGGAGGCAGUGAUAUAUUUGCUUUUGACAGCUAUUGAUGGUGGAAGCCGUUUGAUUGUUGAAUCAGGCUACGCCCUGUCACCAAAGUUUAUAUAAUUAUAUUUAUAUAAUAUCUGUCUCAAGCUACAUGAGAGCCUUUAUACGCAUUAAGGAGAGUGAGGAAAGUGAUGCUUUGGGUUGUGGAGACAGUUAAGAAAAAUUAAGAGGAGAAAGAAGAAGAAUCAAGCGCUCCCUGGUGGUACUUAUCCUGGCUCCGGACCAAGUCUUCCUUUCUUCUUCUUUUCUUUUUUUCUGCUGAGCUGGCUUUGAUCACAGCUCUUUGAUUUCAGUCAACUUAAGAUGUGAAAACUAAUUUGCCCUUAUUCCUGGAUAUCUGUGAGCCAGUGAAUUGGACAUUUUUAUUUUGUAAAGGACAAAUAAGCUUUGUUUUAAGGACAAGUUGCCAUUCAUCAGCUGUCAAAUAUCGUAUUAUGUGACAUUUGCGUGCAAGCAGCAAGGGAACGAGAGUAGGCCGGUAAACUGAUCGUUUCCUCUUAGCCAAUGAGCUGCAGGGCUGCUCACUGAAAGCCAAAGGCAUUCUUGCCUUCCGUUUUAUGUUGUCAAGUUUUCGUUCAGAUGAUGUAAAAUCAUCUUGAAUCUGCCUGUUAUUUCCAUAUUUGAUAUUUUGCACGUUGUGUCUUUAAACCACUCUGGUCUACGUGGACUGCUUGCAUGACUCGGAGCAGUCCAGACUUCUGCUCGGCACUGAGAUUUGCACUGACUGAAUAAUGACAUUCUUCACGUUCUUAAAUUAUGCAACUCACUUGAUAAUUUUCAUGUGAUGAUGCUGCAGAAGAUAUUUGUUAUC